AUGUAUCCUCGUGCUCGCGCUAAGGGGGGCCCGAAAGGAAUCGGGCAUGGAGAUGACGACGCGGUCUUAGCUGUGGCUCAGCCGAUUGCGCCGCCGCUAGUCUCUGACGCUCUCUCGCAGUCCAACACAACAGUCGGGCAUAGUGAGCCUCCUCACUUCUUCUUACACAGCACUUCUAGCCAUCACGCCUCCAUGGGUAGCGGAAACCGGCAGAGCGUGCAUACAUCGCAGCAGCAGCCACCACCAACACUAACACCCGGGACACACAUACCACCAGGCAUGUACUGUGAGUCGAUGGAGGAUAGGAGUGCCUCAUCGCCUGCACCGCCACCACUGAACCUCUACGCUGGUAGCACGCAUCACCACAGCGGCUUCGUAGGGACUGGCAUGCACCGCCGCACAGCGUCACUCUCAUACGAGCAACAACAGCAGCUACUGCCGCGACCGCCGCCGCUUCACAUGAGCGGCCAUCAGGGAGACUGGAUAGCGGGCGCUAGCAGCAGUCUGACCAUGGGUGGCACGACAACGCUUGACUCCCCUGCGGGUAUGAUCUUCUUUAGCACGACGGGGCCGCCGUCCUUCUCGCAGCACAGCCGUACAAGCAGCAGCAUGCCUGGUGCCCCAACGGGUGCAGCGGGUCCUGAAUGCACGAAGUACCGACCACCGCCAGGCUAUGGCGAGAUGAACCUCGGCAGCAAUAUUGGGGCCGGUGCGUCGUGGACAAACAACAGCAGUCUCGCGUCUAUGAAUCGCACCGUCACUUCCCUGAACGGCAGCGUCAUCAAUGCAUCCAACGCGAUACGCAAGUCGUCGUGCAUGGUUCCCUCACCGACAGGGGUCUCAGUUGGUGUCAGCACGGCACUCGGCGCGACCGCGCCACCGGGGCCUUCGAACACGAGUGCCGACGCACCCAUCAUGCAGAUUGAACUGACAGAGUGUAGCCGCCCAGUUGCGACGCCUGCUCCUUUGGGUCAUGUUUACGAGACCGACCCGUCAGGACACUCUACCACGACCGCACCGUCUCCGAACACCUCCGCAAGAGCGGCCGCGACGCCUUUGAGUGCCGCCGUUCCCAGGUUGGCGACGCUCAUGGUCAAAGUGAGCGGAAGCGCGUCAGCAGUGUGCCCCUCGGCACCUCUGUCGCCUCUGAUCAGCUCCCCAUCACUCGCCCAGCAGCAGCCUGAGUUGCCGGCACGACAACAGCGCUCCGCUGGGAAAUCUACCCGCUCGCGUCCCAUGACCUUGGACCCCCGUAAGGGCAGCUGUGCCAGCGACAGGAACGACACUUCAGCCUCGGUGGGCAACAUGGAUAGCGCUGACGCAGCGUUCCAUGAAGAUCAAGGCAGCUCGCCUGGCAUGAGGCCGUCGAAGCCAACCAUAGAGGAGGCGGAAGCGCGGUACCGCUAUCUCUACGAGGAGUUCCUAAAAACGAGCCGCGUGCGUGCGAAGCUCGUCGAGGAGAGCGAUCGCAUGAAGCGUGAGCAGACGAUGCUGCGAGAGGAGCUCGACUACUACCGCCGCAAGGUCGCAUUUGCCGCUGAGGAGCGGGAAGCGCUCUUGGCUGACUACCGAGAUGACGUUCACAGCGCCUUGCGCCUCGCACAGCUGCUGGCGGCGGAUGUUGCCGCUGCGUACAACAGCCGUGGUAGUGCGCCAAAUUCAACUUUAGAGCGGCACGACGGCGGCGAAGGUUUUCCUGCGGUGUCUCCGCAGCAGACGCUCGACGCAGCCGUGGCUCGCAUCUCUGCCAACAACGCCUCCAUUGCAACGGCGGCGGCCCCAAUCACCCCUCCUCUUACCGGAAUUCCGACCCCGCCGUCCGUCGCGGAGCACCUCGGCCUGCGGUGCGGGAAGUGGAUGCUGAUGCCAGCUGUGGCGCCCCGAUCACCCAUCAUGGAGGAAGAACCCUGCCACCCAGGCCCUCGUGAGUGGCACGGGGGCGGCAAAGGACCGCAGCAUCAGCUAGGUGUCCUGCUGCGCGACGAGAUGCGCGACGUGCAUCUCAACACCCACGCAGCGAUAAGCACGUACAUGACCAGCCUCGACUACGGAUUCGCACCCGUGUCCAACCAGCCCAGCUAUCCACCUGCCAGUUCGCAAGGGCAGCGCCAGCAGCAGCAGUUUAGUAGCGAGUAUCGAGGUCUCCAUUUUCACGUGGAUGUCCCCCGCUUUCACUCCCACACGGCGUCCGGUGUGUCGGACCCGGUAAAUGCCGGCGGAGACGACAGUGGAGGAGAGAGCACACCAGUGUGCACCACAUCUAUGUAA